GUGUCAUUGAAUAGCUUUAAAUGGUAAAAGGUUCUAAAUAAAAGCCUUUGUUAGGUUGGAAAUUCACCUGAGCGGAAGUGAGCUCUGUUCACAACGCAUGCGCAAUUGGCUCUAUACGCAUGGAAGAUGGACGAUCUGAGGUCGUGGUGGGAAGUUCCAAGCAUUGCUCACUUUUGCUCCCUGUUCAGAAAUGCAUUUAAUUUGACAGAUUUUGAUAUCGAGGACCUUGAGAUUGGUCUUGUAGAGUCAGAGAAAGAAGAAGGCAGUGAGUUUAUCCUAGACCUUCUGUGUAGACUGCUUAAUGGCUGCUAUGCAAGAAAGGACAUCAGUGGUGCAAACUUUGACCUAUAUGUGAAAGACAUUAUAAAGUACAAAUGGGAGGGUUCGGAUAACCCAAUCAAGGAGAAGACAGAGUUCAAGGAGCUGACUUUGAGGGAAAAAGUUGAGCUGAUACUCGCCAUCUGUGAAUACAGGCUCGACACCGAGGAUGUGGUUGAUCAACUCAAGGGUCUGGAAGGGGACAGUAUGCGUGUGGAGCCCCUGGGGAAGGACAAGGAUGGCGCCCUCUACUGGUACUUUUUCGGUAUAAGACUGUACAAGGAGGACCCUGCACCCAAAACAGAAAUUUCCAGGGAGGAGAAAAGAGCCAAAGAAAAGCAGCGUCGAGAAGAGCUAAAGAAGAAAAAAGUUGAGGAAGAAAAGAGAAGAAAGGAAGGAAAAAAGAAGAAGAAACAGUUGAAGAAAGCUCAGAAGGAAAAAGAGAAGAGAGAUGGGAAGAAACCAGUGGAGGAGGAGGAGUCUGAAGAUGGUGGGAAUCGGAGACGAAGUGGCCGAAUACGGGGACGAAAAAUGGCCAUGAAGGAGAGUUCCUCUGACAGCAGUGACUCUUCAGAAGAGGAGGAAGAAGAGGACCAGUCUGCAGAGGAGACUGAAGACCAGCAAGGGGAAGUAACUCCUGCCAAGUCUGGGAGCAGGGGGAGGCCCAAGAUGGAGACUCCAUCCAAGGGAGAUGUGGUGGGCAAGAAAGGGGCUACACCAGCAUCUAGUAAACAGGAAACUUCUGGAAGGGGACGACCCAGGAGAGGACAGACAGCCAGCAAGGGAAAGGCAGACAGCACACCACAGAGUGAUGCUAGAGGCAGGCGGAGCACUAGACUAAGGGGAAAAGUGGAACCCCCUCCCCCACCCUCACCACACUAUGACAGUGACACAGAAGACGAAGAUAUUGACAGUGGUCACGAGUCAGCAUGCUCAGAACACUCUGAGGUUUCGAAAUUAUCUGUGAAAUCAGGAGCAAGUAACUCACAGACGCCUUCCAAGUUGAACCGUGCCUCAAGACGACCAACUGUCAACCUGAGCCUGAGAAGGGACCUGAGUAAGGCAGCUGAUGAUGAUGAGGAAGUGGAAGAAGAGGAUGAGAAGGGGAAAGAUUUGGACGAUGAUAAAGAUAAGAGGAAAGAUUUGGACGAUGCUAAAGAUAAGGGGAACGAUUUGGACAAUGCUAAAGAAAAGGUGAAAGGAGAUCAUGUGAGGAACAAAGAAGAGGAAGAUGAUGUAGAGAAAGGUGACAGGAAUCAUCAGGAGAAGACAACUGAAGAGAUUAAGGAAGGUGACAGGAUUGGGGAAGGUGCUAUGGAAGUGGACAAUGUUGAGGAUGCAGUCAAAACAGAAAUUAAAGAUGAGAAGACAAAAGAUGAAUCAAAGUGGAAACCAAAUGAGGGGACUGGGGAUCUGGCUGAAGGCACAGGGGGUGACAUCAAAAUGGAGACUGACAAUCCUACACUUACAGAAAACAGUCAAGAAGCUAUUGGUAGUGAUCAAGUUAAAACUGAACCUGACAGUGGAGUUGUUAAAAUGGAAACUGAUGAAAGUGAAAAUAAAAACAUAAGUGAGAACAUUGGUGAAAAUGACAAUAAACAUGUUACAGAUGUAAAGGAAGUAAAAGAAAACAAGAAUGAUGAGACUGAAAAUGAAGAGUCUAAACCUGAAAAUUAUACUGGUUCAGAUGAUAAAGAAGCAAAUGAAGAGUCUAAAUCUGGUUCAGAAGAAAAUGAAGGUGAUGAUAAGAUUAUUGAUAAAAAAGAAAUGAGAACCAGGCGAAUGACUCGCUCAGCUGUAAAACCAAAGGAGGAAAACACAGAAGAUGAUGAAGAUACCAGUGAAAAGAAAGAACCAGAGUCAGAGAGCCUCGCAGCGAUGCGUGAGAAGGUAGACAACCCUCUGUCAGCAGAAGAGCCUACAGUGUCCAAGUCCAGCACCCGGUGGCAUGUGAUCUGUGCCAGUCUGGACGACUGGAUCAACCUGUCGGAAUGGUAUAAGGACAGUCAGGUUCGCAGCGAAAAGGCUCUGUCCAAGAUCAUCCGGGAAGAUUUCCUUCCAGUUCUUCCCGAGAUCAUUGAAGCAAGGGAGAAGGAGAAGUUGAAGAAGCUGAUGCAAGAGCAGGAUGUGAGGAGAUCAGACAGGAUCACAUCCAAGAUGAGGGAGAAAAUGGACCAGGAGCGGAUUCUGGCUGAAGCAUUGGUGGAUGAAGAGAAGGCUAAGAUUAAAGCUGAAGAAGAGCGGAGAUUGAAAGAGGAGCAUCAGAAAUUGGAGGAGGAAAACAAGCAGAGGGAAGAGAGGCGCAAGGCCAGGGAAGAGAGAUCGAAGAGGUUAUCUAUGCGGGAAGAAAGAGCAAGACUGUUGGCUGAGGGUAAAGAGAUUCCACCUGAACUCAUCUACACUGCCACACAGAAAUACAAGGAUGAUGGGGAGGACUCGGAUGACAGCAGGUGUGAUUUGAAGGUUGAGGAAGAUUACCAAGCUCUUAUGAAAGUGGUGAAUGCGAUGAAGUACCACAAAGAUUGUUGGCCAUUCCUGUAUCCAGUCACUGACGAUGAUGCUCCAGGCUAUAGUGAUGUCAUUAAGCGACCAAUGGACAUGUCGAGGAUAGAGCAGAAGGUAGAACAGCGGGAAUAUCGGCAGACAGCCCACUUCCUGUCAGACUUUAAACUCAUGUUCAACAACUGUAAAAGGUUCAAUGGACCAGAUAGUGAGUUCUCCGAGUGUGCUCGCUCCAUGGAACUGAUGCUUAAGAAAUACAUAAAGCGUUUCCUUAAAGAUGAGCCUACUGACAAAUACUAUGAGGACAAAGACUUCCAUAUGGGGGUUGGGCGUACAGCAGCGGCUGUUGGCGAGAAGAAGUUCCGACCAAGGCGGGCAGCCAGUUCUCGGGCUAUGGAGACUGUCCAUAAGGCAUUGAGGGGCCAAGAUGAUGAGGAGACCAGCUCAGACGAAGAGAUAAGUCAGACAAGAAAUGUUAGGUCUACUGGCCAGUCCCCAAUUAAACCUCCAUCUCACCACGACCUACUACUGCAGGAGAUGAUAGAACUCAAACGACAGAGAGAGAAAAACCUUGCAAUGUCUGCUCUGCAAAACCACAAGGUUAUCACAAGAGGGCCUGAAAGGAUCACUGUGCCUAAUCCGAAGGGAGGUGUUAUGAUAAUUCCCAAAGAAGAAAUGUCAUCAGGGGUGUUACGAAUGGCUGCCACGCGAGAAAUUAAGAGAAAAGUAGAUCCGGGCUUUGCCCAGAACCCAACGCGGUUUUCAUCUCCAGCAGGGAAGAGGGACGCUGGUUUGAACAUUAUUGAUCACUCAUUGCCAGGAUCUAAACAGCCAAAGACAAUUAGAAUUGUGGCUGGUGGUCCUGGACACGCCUCAGUGAAAGAAACAGCAGAGAGUGUGAAGGUCAAUUCAGAUGGUUUUCUUAUCAUUGGUGGCAAAAACAGUGGUAUCAAGGUGACUGAAAACACUAAGAUUGUAAUUCAGCCUCAACCUGCAGCUCAAGGGGGAGCAACCCCAGCCCAGCCUGGACAACCUCUGGUUGGUCCCACUCUGCAGAGAAUAGUCAGCCCGAAUCCUCAGCCCGGUACAAGUAAACCGAUGGGAGAAAUGCAGCUGAAGAAAAUUCCAACACCAUCUGGCAUUGGAUCUGUGCAGGGUAUGUCUUUAGCCAGUGCCAGUGUAAACCAGUCUGUCAUGGGGGCACAGGCUAUCAGUAGACCAGCUUGUAGUGCUCCUGUGGUGAAUAUUUCAUCUCUAAGCCAAAGUGCUGCAGGGACACAAGCAUCUGGUCAACUGACUCCAGAUUUACAGAAGAAAUUAGAUAUUGCACAAAGAAUACUCCUGUUGAGUCAGCAUAAGAAAAGAGUGAUAGAUCAGCAACAACAACAGCAACAAGGCGGUGUCAGUCCUGCAAAAAUGAUGAGGCUUGAGCCUAGUACAAGUGGUCAGACUAUUGAAGAGAGAUUGCGCAAUACCUCUGACCAAAGAUCUAUUGAGGAAAGACUAAGGGAGCCUAACAUAGACAAUAAAGUUGUAACUGUCUCACAAAGUGUGAUAAGCAAUGUAAACAUUGCAAGUGAUAUUCUGGAUACCUACUACAGUGUUCUUAAUGAAAACAAAACGAAACAAGAUGAAAGUAAUACAAAUACAGCACAAACCACCACUCUACAAGUGCUUAAUCAACAGCCAGUGGUUGCUCAAGCCAAUGUUGUAUUCACAUCUAAUGCCCAGACGAUUCAACCACAAAGUGUGACAAGUCAAGUUGCAGAUCAAGGGGUACAGUUGUCUUCAGCAGAACAGGGGCAACAGUCACCAAAAAUUACAUCACCUUCAGCUAACCUCACCAGGCAGAUAGUAGACCUCCUUAAAAUGCAACAGUUAAAGAAAUUGCAACAACAAUCCCAGCAGUCCGGUCAGCAAACACCUUUGCAACAACAACAUCAACAGCACCCGCAAAAUAUGCAACAGCAGCAGCAACAACAGUUACGAAAGUCAGUCCCACAGCCUGCACAAGUGCAAGUUCAACAUUUAGCCCAGCUUUCUCUUAGCCAGCCAAUUGCUAGUCAGCAGAGCGGAUCUAUACCAGUUGUGCGGAAUCUGUCAUCCAUGACCCAAAUACUCAGUGGUGGAACCUCUGUCUCAGACAUUCUUAAAGCUGCAUUUGUGAAAGGGACACUGCAGAAGCCGAACGUUUCAUCAAUUGAUGCUCUCAUCAGAAAGAAUUCUGCUUCUAACUCCCAACCUCGAGCUCAGAUCUCACAGUUGCAGCAACAGCAAGUACCCCAAGUCCAAAACCACCAGCAGCAGCAGCAAAACCAGACUGUUCAGCAAUUGCAGCAACACGAGCAGAAGCAGCAGCAACAAAUCCCAGUUCAACAGCCUGUUCAACAAAUCCAGCUUCCUCAGCAAGUAACACAACAGGUCAUUAAUGUUCAAGAAAUCCCUCAUAACACUUUGGGUAUGGUGCAACAAAACUCUGGUCAACAGAUAGUCAGUAUGGCAAGUCCAGCCCAGACUGGAAUUGUGACAUUAGCAACCCAGUCUCAGACAGCUGGAGGGGGAAACAUUCAGCAUUUAGUAAGUAUUCCAGCUGGUAGUAUUGGGAGUCUGAUUACCCCUGGUCAGCCAGUUUCUAGCACGGACCAGCAGCAGAAAAAUGUGCAGCUGUUGCAACAGGUACUACAGAUGGCUGUAAAACAACAACAUCAGCAACAGGCUCAGCAGCAACAGGCUCAGCAACAGGAGCAGCUGCAGCAGCAACAGCAACUUAUUCAGCAGUUACAGCAACAAAAGCAAGAUCAACAACUGCAACAACAAAUUCAGCAACAGCUCCAACAGCAGCAGCAACAACAACAACAACAGCAAGUACAACAGCAGCAGCCACCAGGAGUUCAGCUUGUUCAGACUCAACAAUUUAUACAAGAAGGUUCACCUCGGACAAGUCAACAACAAAUUCUUCAACAGCUGCAGCCACAAUUGUCCCCACAAGUUGUAUCUUUAGGAAAUAUGUUGCAAACAGGAGGGAACAAUGCCAGGCCUUCAUCUACAGGUAAUGUUUCACCCGAGAAAUCCAGUAUGAUCAGCCAGCUGUUGUCCAAAACUGCCCUGCCAGCUAAACCUGCCAAGCCUGCGCCAGUGAUGAUUAGCCAGAUGAUCAAAAAUGCUGCCCAAUCUAAUGCAACUGGUCAAUUGAACAUUCAGCAAUCAUUAGGCCAAGGAUCUGUAACUCCUGUCAUCCAGUCAUCUCCAACCAACCAAAGUAGUCCUGAGAAAGUUGUUGUUUCCCCUCAACAAAUAGGCAGAAAAAGUCUGUUUGACAUGUUUCAAGGAGCAUGUGGCCAAACUGAAGUAGACCAGGCCAGCCUACAGAGGUUUGCUGACCAGCUGAAGAUUCAGGGAUUAAGAUUGCCAUCCUCCAGCACUGUAAAUUUUGGGUCGCCCCUCAAAACUUCUGCCAUCAUGGACGCACUGAAGAAUAAACUGCAACCUGUUAAGCAAGAGGACAAAUUGAUGACAGCAACUCCCAUUUUGGAUUAUGUUGGGAAAACAAUUUUGCCCAGCCAGUCGUUACCUUCUGAAAACCAGUCAAGCAUGCAGGCAACUGUGACUUCGCAACCAGUCAACUCCAAUGUUAAUGUUCAACCUUACACCAACAUUCAAACCAGCUCUGUUUUACAAGGCUAUCUGCAGGGUUUAGCACAGACUGGUUCACAAAUCUUUUCCCAGCCUACUAUAGGCUUAUCAGCAAUGUCUGAGUUUCAAAGUCCGGGAACAGAAAUUCCAAUUUCAGAUAGUAAUUAUGAGAUUCUUUCUGUAGGCCAAACAAUUCCAAAUAACACUGAUUCCCUUGUUCAACAAAAUGUGUUUUUUUCUGAUCAAAUUGUAAGCACUGCCUCUGAUCUGGAACUUAGAGACAUGCUAGCAAAAACUGCUGAUAUGAAUUCUGGUAAUGGUAACUCGAUUGAUAACACUAUGAAUUCUGAUUAUAAUCAAAUGCAAUAUUCUGACAAUGACCAUGGAAAUGGUGAAAUGCUUGUGCAAGACACAUCCACUACAAAUGGAAUGAAUGUGAACAGUCAAAGUGCUAUUGAACAAAUGUUGAUCACUAGCCAGUCAGGUUUUAGUAGAAGUACAACUGAACAAACAGGUGCUCAGUUAAUUGAUCAAGUUAAUGUAAAUCUGCAAUACAACUCCGAUUCCGGCCAGUAUAAUGUGGAAAACAGCACUCCUGCAGGCAUUAACGAUAUUGAUAAUCAGCCAGCAAUGAAUGCAGAAACUUUUGACGAUCAAGUAGGUGGUAAUACAGAGUGUGGUGUUACAAGCGAUAAUUCACAGUAUUUAUCAGGAAAAUUUUACGAGGUCCCAUCAGGAGCUGAGGGUUUCCAAAUGGAAGGUGCUUUCCCAGAUGUAGGUCAAGGUCAUCUGGGGUCAGAUGGUCAAGGUCAGUCAGAUGAGAGCCAGGGGUUGCAGCAGCAGGUUGAUCAUAUGCAGACCAUGUGAAAAAGCUUUACAAGAUUGAUGGUUCUCAAAAGUUGUGAGCAUUCUAUCAUGCAGGCCCACCACUACGUCUGGUUGUGCACCACAUCGCCGGUAUGGAAAUGGAUCCCAUGUGCUACACUUACCUUCAUCAGUAUUCAUGUGUAGAAAGUGUGUAAUGUUGAAAAGAAGUUGAGAUAUUGUCAUAGCCUUGGUUUUGUUAACUUUAAUCUUGGCCAUAACUCGGAACCUGUUGAAGAUGUGCAUUUGUCUUGCAAGUCCUAUAACUCUGGCUUUAAUAUCUAUUGAGUAAUGCCCCUUUUUCGGCUGAAAAACACACACAACAGACAAGCGUAGUUGUUCCCUCUGUGGCGCUCUUGUUCAAUUUAUUGUAUUUGAUAUUCAGUGUUUGCAUAGACAGUUGUUGAUGACAUUAUGCAGUAGAAUAGCUUGUCAGUCAUGUGUACCAGAUAUCCGAGGCAUCGUCAAUAUUGAAAUUUCUUAUUAUAUUCAACACAGCUGGUUGAAGGUCAUCUAUACAAUUGUUGAAAUAUUGAUAUAGAACAACUGAUGGUACAAAAUCCUUUUAAUAAUUAGGAUUUAGGUUGCUUAACAUAAAAAAACCAUAACAUUAUUAGAGAAGAGUGUAUCUAGGGAUGUAUGAAAUUAUAAUGACAUGAAUAUGAAAGGAAAAGAAACAGAUUGGAUAAGUGAUCCUUAAAAAAGAGUACCAUUCCUGUGUCUAGGCGGCAUGUUGGUGUUUCUGUCCUCUUGUGACAGCUUCAGUUAAUCUAGUUGAGUGUACUGCUUUUAACACUGCGUCCAGGUAACUUGAAGGGAUAUUUGUCACUCCUGUGGGAGCUCUUGUUAAUCUAGUUGGGUGUACUGCUUACUGCAUGCAGGCGGCAUGUAGGGAUAUUAGUCACUCCUGUGACACCUCUAGUUGAUCUUGAUGAACCUCCUGCUUACUAAUACAGAUACCAAUUCCAUACUGUUAAAAAAACAGCAGGUCAAUCUUGUGUUUAUAUGUAAUGAGCAUUUUUGAAUCUCUGUUACCGAAGUAUGGGAUUUCAUUUACUUGACUGACUUGUACAUCAUUAUUUUAUUUGUAGCUUAAUGAAAUAUUCCAUUUUCUUUUUUUAAUUUAUAACUUCAUGAAAUAUGUAUAUAAAUUGAAUGCUUGUCAUUUUCUUAAUUGAUUGGUUGUGAGAUGUUUUGCACAUUUAAGUACUCCUACAUGGAUUUAUUUUUCUCAUCAGAAUUAAAGAAUGCCAUGUUUGUAAUUUGAUUUCAGAGGCAUUGGUUGUUUGAAUUGUUGCAAAUAGAUACAUAGUACUAUUCAUGUGUUCUAGUAGCUUAACAUUAUACACACAUUUUUUAUAAACAGACACCGAGUGAUUACCAUGACGGCAGUUUAAUGUUUGGGCAUUCAAAUUUAUUUUGUGUACUUGUCAACUGGAGACAGUUUAUUGACUGAAACUGGUUCUAUUUUAAAUUUUGUUAACCUUUUUGUUUUUCAAAGAAAACAGUUUGGAUAUCUUGAUAGCAAUGUGUCUUUGGCCUCAUUGUUGUCAUUGUUCGAAAUUGUUCAUCUUAUACCUUGGUCAUGACUUAACUAAAAUAAGUGAUUUGAACGAAACUUUGUACAAAACACAUUUGUACAGUUAAAGCCAAUACGUCUGACUUUAAUAAUUUUUGACUAAAACCUUUUUGUUAGACUGAUUAAAAGAACAGAAGAGCAUUGGCAUUUGCUUCGCCACGCUCUUCUUUUAUAAAGAGGAUGCCAAUUCAUUUGAAUACAGAAUUAUUCGUGUGCUUUUGAAUAAACCUAAAUUUUGACAAAAACAUGAUGUCAUUUCCUUGUAAAAUAUAUAUUUUCGAUGUUCUCUUGUUCAACGUGUGUUUGUUUUUGUAGUAUUAAUUUUGUAUCUUCUUUUAAAGGAUCCACUGUUUGGUAUAAACUUGACAAAACCAAAUAUUUUCAGAAAAGCUUGUGAAAUUCCAUGUAAAUAAAAAUAGUAUUGAUAGUUGUUUACAUAAGGGCAUUUUACUUUUGUGUCUUAUUUUAUCUCCUCCCAUGUUUGUCCAUCCAUCUGUCUGUCACACUUUGUGUCUGCUUCGUAGGAUUUUCUUGAAACUAUGUUCACCACAUGCAGUCAGCGUUCAUAACCCUCUUUCCAGGGGCUCAAGGUCAACUACACAGUUCAAGGUCAAAAGUUCAAGCCAUUGAUUUUCUGUGUCCUCUGUAUCUUCUUAACUCUUUGAAGGCUUUCGUGAAAUGUUGAUCAAAUGUUCAUCACAUCUAGACAAUAUGCAGUACCCACAUUACAGACAGGUCAGGUCAAGGUCAUAGAUUUGAGUCAUAUGUCUCAUGUUGGCGCCAUAUCUACUAAACCCCUUUAAGAAUUAUCAAAAAACUUGGGUAAAGGAUGCUGGCUCAAUGUCAAAGUCAAAGCUUCUAGCCAUAGAUUUUGUGAAUACUCCUGUGUCCCCUCUGUAUCUCUUUGUUUCCAUGUUCCAUAUCAGACAUUGAUGACUUUGAGGGACUUGUAAUGACAACAAAGAGAAUAUGAUUAUUCAGUGCACCAUAAAUUAUAUUAACUGAAAUUGUUUGUCUGUUACCCUGUCUUAUGCGCUAUAUUUCUGUUACAUGCCUUCAAUGGUUUUCAUAACGCUGGUGGUUAAUGUUCACCUCGUCGACACAGCAACUAUAAUUAUCGCCUUAUCUCCCAACGCCAAAUGUGACAAGCAUGGUGGGAGACAUCUGUUUUUGUUUCCAAAACCAACCGUCUAGUGCAUGUGUGCUAUACUCUCAUUCUCGUGUAUGUUAUGUAGUUACGAGGAUUAAAUAAAUGCAUUGAAAUAGA